CGUGUGUCCCCACGUGUUCUGAAGCCCCAGGUGCCGCCGCGCUGGCUCCAGAAGCCAAGAGGCCGCGGGGACCGGAGCGCACGGGCUGCCGCCGCACCACGUGUGCUAACCGGGCUGGCGCGGGCGGAGCGGGCCAGGUCCGGCUCCUCCAGCCCAAGCGCAAACCAGCUGUCACGCGCCGUGUCGCAGGCCGGCGGCCCAGCCCGGUCCCAGCCUCCAGGGUGCGUGGGGACACCUUCUGGACAGCGCAAUGGACACGGUCUGCAAAGGAACCGGUGCCUCCUCCUGGAAGGCGGCGGCGGCGCGGGGUACCGGCAGGCAGCGGCGAGAUGGGACCCCUCCGAGAAAGCAAGAAGGAGCCAAGGGCGCAGCAUCAGGAGAAGGAGAUUUCCAGGAGCCGAAUUCCCCGCUUGAUUCUGCGGCCGCAUCUGCCUCAUCAACAGCAGAACAAGGUUUCUCCAGCCUCCGAGUCUCCCUUUUCUGAGGAAGAAAGCCGAGAGUUCAACCCCAGCAGCUCUGGGCGCUCAGGGAGGACAAUCAGCAGCAACAGCUUCUGCUCAGAUGACACAGGUUGUCCCAGCAGCCAGUCGGUAUCGCCUGUGAAGACUCCCUCAGACACAGGGCACAGUCCCAUUGGCUUUUGCCCCGGAAGCGAUGAAGACUUUACCAGAAAGAAAUGCAGGAUUGGAACAGUUGCUGAGGGAAGUGUCCAGGCAGCUCGUUAUAAGAAGGAAUCAAAGGGAGGCGUCAUAAAGCCAGGCAGUGAAGCAGAUUUUAGCUCCUCGAGCAGCACAGGCAGCAUCUCGGCUCCUGAAGUCCACAUGUCCACUGCGGGAAACAAGCGCUCCUCUUUCUCACGCAACCGAGGUCCCCAUGGGCGGAGCAACGGAGCAUCAUCCCACAAGCCUGGCAGCAGCCCUCCAUCCCCAAGGGAAAAGGACCUUGUGUCCAUUGUGUGCAGGAAUCCACUGAGUCCCAAUAACGUCCACCCGAGCUACGCCCCUUCUUCUCCGAGUAGCAGCAACUCCGGCUCCUACAAAGGAAGUGACUGUAGUCCCGUUAUGAGGAGGUCUGGCAGAUACAUGUCUUGUGGAGAAAAUCACGGUGUCAAACCCCCAAAUCCAGAACAGUAUUUGACUCCACUGCAGCAGAAGGAGGUCACAGUGAGGCACCUGAGGACCAAGCUGAAGGAGUCUGAGCGCAGACUUCACGAGAGGGAAUCGGAGAUCGUGGAGCUCAAGUCCCAGCUGACUCGGAUGAGGGAAGACUGGAUUGAGGAAGAGUGCCACAGAGUGGAGGCUCAGCUGGCACUCAAGGAGGCCAGGAAAGAGAUUAAGCAGCUCAAGCAGGUCAUUGAGACUAUGAGGAACAGCCUGGCGGACAAAGACAAAGGCAUUCAGAAGUACUUUGUAGACAUAAACAUCCAGAACAAGAAGCUGGAGUCUCUGCUCCAAAGCAUGGAGAUGGCGCACAAUAGUUCCCUGAGGGAUGAACUGUAUCUAGACUUUUCCUGCGACUCUCCGGAGAAGAGCCUACCCCUGAGCAGCACCUUUGACAAGAUGGCGGAUGGGUUCUCUCUGGAAGAACAGGUUACAGAGGAAGGCGCUGACAGUGAGCUUCUGGUGGGAGAGGGCACAGAUGUGUUAGAGGAGAUGGUGACCACCACCACCACAGAAUCUGGUGACCUGGUGUUUGUUCAUUCUACGCCAGGGCCGCAAGCCUUCCAGGCGCUCCCGUUGGUGAGCCAGGAAGAGUGCAGCGUGGUGGUGGAGCAAGGCGUGCAGACCGACAUGGUUCCCUUCAGCCCUGCCUUCUCAGAGCUCAUGCCAAGCGUGCUAAAGCUUCAAGACUCCUGUCCCACAAGCUCAGCAUCCCCAGAUGAAUCUGGAGCUGACUCAAUGGAAAGUUUCCCAGAGUCCAUCUCUGCCUUCACGGUUGAUUUAACUCCAAGGAGUCCCAACUCAGCCAUCCUUCUGUCUCCUGUGGAGAUUCCAUUCAGCAAGGCAGCUAUGGAAGCCGGUACAAACCGCCUCAUGAGAGAGCUAGAUUUUGCAGCCUACACAGAAGAAAGGUUGGACAGCAUCCUCUCGCUGUCUCAGGGAGGUGUCGUGAGGCAGUAUUGGAGCAGCAGUUUCUUGGUGGAUCUCCUGGCUGUGGCUGCCCCUGUGGUGCCCACUGUUCUGUGGGCAUUCAGUACUCAGAGAGGGGGUGUAGAUCCUGUCUACAGCAUCGGAGCCUUGCUCCGGGGCUGCUGUGUGGUGGCCCUACACUCACUCCGCCGUACAGCUUUCCACAUCAAAACCUAGUUAGUUGUUACUGUGUGCCAACGUGUCGUGUGGUGUUAUACCUGGUAGAGCAACAGCAGGUGGAUCAAUGGAAGUCUUUAUUCUGUCGUUUUGCUCCUCGCUGUUUGAUUUGCACUAUAGUCAGUUGAAGCCUGUUCACUGUUUAAAACCAGAGGAAUCUUCCGAGGCAUGGAAACCUGGUCCUGGUAGAUGUCCCGCCAGAGUGGUAUAGAAAGCAUGCUUACGCCCCUGCCGUGUUGUCGAGGUGCCCGUUUUUAUGCUAAUGGUUCAGGAAGAGAAAAUGCAGUCUGCACUUUCAACACAGCCUCGCAAAGGCUGGCAUGUUAUCUCCUUGCUCUGCUUUGUGCUGUCUCCAAAUGUGUUAUUGUUCCAGCAUUCCAAUGGUCUUGUGCAUAGCAGGGGACUAGAACCAAAAAUAAAAAUGUGUUUGUGUAAUUGGUUCAAAGAACACUUGAAUAGCUCUUUAUUGUCUUUCUUGGGGUUGAUAAGGUUUGAGUGUUUGGAAUUUUUUUUUUUAACCAAAUGUAGCUCCGAAGUCUUAAAAGACUCAUUUGCUCUUAAACCUGUCAGUUGAUGAAACUAUGUAAAUUUACAAUGUUACAAUGUACUAACUUAUUUUUUGCUUAUUAUAUAUAGUGUUUUAUUGGAAAUUGUUUGUAAACAUACACUUCAGCAUGAAAAUAAAAAUUAGUGUU